AUGUUACGGACCCCCACCGUGCUCAAGUCACCUCGCGAGGAAGCCGUACGGAAGCGUCGCGAGGUAAUCGCGUUAGAGCGGCGGACUAAGAGCCCAGUCGACAGUCGACGGGGACACGGCGGCUCUGCAAUGACGACGAUGGACGCUCUCCUGGACUGCUACUUCGACAGCGUGGUGGCCGGCCUGGACCGCAGCAGCCUGAUGCUGCGCCGCCGCCGCCUGCAGCUGGUAGACUUCCUCAGCAACGCGGCGCGCGGCUGGUGCCUCGCCGAAGGGGUCUCAGACCCGGGUUUUGCCGUCGCGGCGGCGGUGCGGCGCGCCCUGCGCUACCACUCGGACGCGCGCGCCUCCAACGGCGGCGUCUGCCGCUCCGGAAAGUACCACGACGUCCUGUACGUGGCGGCCAAGCUGUGCGUGGACUGGGAGCUGCGCGACCACAAGGUCGUCGCGGAGGUUCUGGUGGCGGUGCACGGCUGCGAGCGGAGCUUCGAGCGGCUGCUCGCGGGGGCGCUGCUCGGCGGGAAGGCGGCGCAGCUGGUGAGCGGCUGGCGAGGGGACUCGGCCACGCCGGAGGAGUCGGUCGCCGCCGCAGCCUACCUGUUCGACGCGGCGGCGCGCGCGAGGCUGGAGCACGGGGAAGUCCGCGCGCGCACCGUCGACGUGCCCGUCGACCCGUACAGCGGGGCUGCCCCCGCGAGGCUCGCCCUGCAGCUCGCCAACCUGCCGAUGCUGGAGCUGCUGCUGCGGCACGGCGCGAGGGUCUCUGCCCCGGACCUGGGGCCCCUGCUCGCGAGGAUCUCCGAGUCCUCCGGCGGGGCUUCCAGCUGCCGGGACCUGGCCUGCCUGAGGCUCGCGCUGAGGGCGCUGCCCGGCCUGGAGCCGUGCCUCGCGCCUCAGGGGCUGGUCCCGCCGGGCAGGUGCGGCCUCGCGCCCCCGGAGCUCAAGCACCUGUGUCGCUGCGCCGUGCGGGAGGCUCUCUGGCGCGGCUUCCAGCUGCCCAGGGGCAUCGCGCUGCUGCCCCUCCCAGCCUCGCUGCGGGACUACCUGGACCUCCGCCAGGACUGA